GGGGGAGGGGGGUGCUAUGGCUCUUCUGGAGGCGGGGCCAGGUGGGGAGCAAGAGGGUUUAGGGCUCGGGGAGGGGGCAUGAAGGCCUGGAGCCAAGGGGAGGAGCCUGGAUCUCGUCUGUGGGAUGUUGGGCCUCUCCCCAUAGCCGGGUGCCAUGGGGGGCCCAAGAUGCAGGCUGACGUAUAGACCAAGAUGGAGACCAAGAUGGCCGCUUCUAGGACCCCCCACCCAAGAUGGUUGCCACAAGGACCAAGAUAGCCACCGCAUGGACCGGGAUGGCUGCUUUACCAACCACGAUUGCUGCCAUGGAAACCAAGGGAAGGGGGUGCAACGAUGCCCCUCACUCCCGACCUACAGCUCCCCUCUCCCAGCAACCCCGGGACACCACUUCCUGCCCACUCGGCCUUGCACCACUUCCUGCCCCUCCCUGCUCUGCGACACCUACCCUGCUUCUGCCAUCGUGGGGCAACUGUUGCAGGCAGCGCCGGGCACGGAGACCUCGGGAGACGGCCCCCCGGCCCCCGGACCUCCACCGGGCCCAUCAUUGAGGACCUCCCUCCCCUGCCCGGGCCACGAGGUUCCCCAGCGGCCAAUCCUAGUUGCUCGCAGCUCCCAUGGCUGGGUCCACCCGUCCCAUGAUGCUUGUCGCCAUGGUGAUCAUUGCCACCGCCCUCUCUUCCCUGGGGUUUCCAAGAUGGUCGACAACACCAACGUGACCACCGUGUCUCCGUCCCCCACGGCCGGGCCUGCUUCCACAAUACCCAGCUCCACUUCAACCCCGUUGUCACUCUGGGAGGAAACCCAGACGCCAGAGAGCUCUACCCAGAAUCCUUCGCAUGAUGCCAUGGGGGCUCCUACAGCGCCCGAAGAAUCUCCUACGGCCAACCAAUCCAAGCUCUCCACCUACCUGACCUCGACCAAGAUGACCAUCCGCACAUUGCCCCAGGAAGUGGACUUGAAGGGGGCAGACAACAAAACCAACUCUACCCAGAAACCUCACAGGCCCGAAGGCACUCCGACAAUGGCUACCAUGACCAGGUCCAAGAUGGCCACCUCGACCUCGACCCCAGGGGAGCAAACUAAGAUGGCGCCAGUGAGCUCUACCCACAAGCCGUUGAGCGAUGGCGGGAGCUCUUCCACGAUGGCUGCCACCACCACAGUGGCAACCGGGAGCACCAGCCCAGUUGGCAAGGGCAAGGGCAAGGCCAAGAUGCCGAGCACCAUGAUGCCGACCAUGACCUCCACCACUGGCGGCCAUCUUGGAGGGAUGUCGCUGAGGCCAGCGCCGGCGACUGUUGGCGUUACCUUGGCGAGUCCCCAUGCUUCCCGGAGCCCGUCCUGGGUGCUCCCCGUGGUGGUGGUGGUUGUGCUGCUCGCCCUUGUCCUAUUGGCUGCUGCCUUGUGCUGGCGGCGGCAGCAGCGCUCGGGCUCCACCAGCUUCACGGGGCAGCAGUGGGCGGGGCCAGUCCCACUGCCUGAGGAGGGCGGGGCUGGGGGCGGAGCUGAGCAGGGGACGGACCUUCAGGCAGGGGUGGGGCUGGAGCCGGGCCCGGCCCUGAGCACCUUCAAGGCGCGCGGCCCAUCGGCCGAGGUGGCCAUGCAGGAGUUGCCCCCGGCAACCUCUGAGGUGGGGCCUGCUGAGGAGGCCACGCCCCUGCUGGGAGCAGCCAAUGGGAGCGCAGCAUCCAUGCCAGACGGAGAUGGGGGGUUGCCGGCUCCGCCCCCGGUGGAGGCUCCGCCCCCGGUGGAGGCCCCGCCUCCAGUGCAGGCUCCACUCCUUGUGUAGGCCAACCGCUGCUGUGCCUGGGGGAGGGGCUUGGAAAAAGCCCUGCCCCCUGUUUAGCUGGGGGCGGGGCUGUGCCUGCGGCUGCUUCUCCUUCCCCUUUCCCGGGGUCUGACUUAGCCGAGGGGGGCGAGGGGGCCAGGCACCCGGGAGGGCGUUAACAGGUGGUGCUAAGCCAGCUGCCGGUGCCCCUCGCUCCUGGCCGCACCCCCGCAGCAGUGCCCCCCACUCCCGCCCCACUGCCCCCCACUCCUGACCGGCAGCCCCCACUCCCGCCCCACUGCCCCCCACUCCUGACCGCAGCCCCCACAGCAGUGCCCCCCACUCCCGCCCCACUGCCCCCCACUCCUGACCGCAGCCCCCACAGCAGUGCCCCCCACUCCCGCCCCACUGCCCCCCACUCCUGACCGCAGCCCCCACAGCAGUGCCCCCCACUCCCGCCCCACUGCCCCCCACUCCUGACCGCAGCCCCCACUCCCGCCCCACUGCCCCCCACUCCUGACCGCAGCCCCCGCAGCAGUGCCCCCCACUGCCCCCCACUCCUGACCGCAGCCCCCACUCCCGCCCCACUGCCCCCCACUCCUGACCGCAGCCCCCGCAGCAGUGCCCUCCACUGCCCCCCACUCCUGACCGCAGCCCCCACAGCAGUGCCCCCCACUCCCGCCCCACUGCCCCCCACUCCUGACCGUAGCCCCCGCAGCAGUGCCCCCCACUGCCCCCCACUCCUGACCGUAGCCCCCGCAGCAGUGCCCCCCACUGCCCCCCACUCCUGACCGUAGCCCCCGCAGCAGUGCCCCCCACUGCCCCCCACUCCUGACCGUAGCCCCCGCAGCAGUGCCCCCCACUGCCCCCCACUCCUGACCGCAGCCCCCGCAGCAGUGCCCCCCACUCCCGCCCCACUGCCCCUCGCUCCUGGCCGCACCCCCGCAGCAGUGCCCCCCACUCCCGCCCCACUGCCCCCCACUCCUGACCGCAGCCCCCACAGCAGUGCCCCCCACUCCCGCCCCACUGCCCCCCACUCCUGACCGCAGCCCCCACAGCAGUGCCCCCCACUCCCGCCCCACUGCCCCCCACUCCUGACCGCAGCCCCCACAGCAGUGCCCCCCACUCCCGCCCCACUGCCCCCCACUCGUGACCGUAGCCCCCGCAGCAGUGCCCCCCACUGCCCCCCACUCCUGACCGCAGCCCCUGCAGCAGUGCCCCCCACUCCCGCCCCACUGCCCCCCACUCCUGACCGUAGCCCCCGCAGCAGUGCCCCCCACUCCUGCCCCACUGCCCCCACUCCUGACCGCAGCCCCCGCAGCAGUGCCCCCCACUGCCCCCCACUCCUGACCGCAGCCCCUGCAGCAGUGCCCCCCACUCCCGCCCCACUGCCCCCCACUCCUGACCGUAGCCCCCGCAGCAGUGCCCCCCACUCCUGCCCCACUGCCCCCACUCCUGACCGCAGCCCCCGCAGCAGUGCCCCCCACUCCCGCCCCACUGCCUCCCACUCCUGACCGCAGCCCCCGCAGCAGUGCCCCCCACUGCCCCCCACUCCUGACCGCAGCCCCUGCAGCAGUGCCCCCCACUCCCGCCCCACUGCCCCCCACUCCUGACCGUAGCCCCCGCAGCAGUGCCCCCCACUCCUGCCCCACUGCCCCCACUCCUGACCGCAGCCCCCGCAGCAGUGCCCCCCACUCCCGCCCCACUGCCUCCCACUCCUGACCGCAGCCCCCGCAGCAGUGCCCCCCACUCCCGCCCCACUGCCUCCCACUCCUGACCGUAGCCCCCGCAGCAGUGCCCCCCACUCCUGCCCCACUGCCCCCCACUCCUGACCGCAGCCCCCCGCAGUGGUGCCGCUCGGUCCCAACCCGCGCAGCGCCCGCAGCCUGGCAGUUGGGGUCUCCAUAACAAUGGCGCUGUGGUUUGUGGUUGUGUUUUUCUAUUCGCUGGCUGCUGCACAGAGGUGCAGAGAGAUAUAGAUAUAUUUUUUGAAGUAUUUAAUAAAAAAGGAUCUGAGCUAGAAA